AUGUCUGGACAAGCACUACUGAACAAUCCUCGUGAAAACCGUGGACGUCGCUAUUCCGCGACUGAUCGUCAAGUUCUUCGCAUCACUGGUCUUGUUCCCCCGGCAGCUUCUAAGACGCUGGCAGAGGAUGUCCAGCAUCUGCUUAUUCAACUUCGCAAAUGCUCUUCCGUCCUUUCUCGGUAUGAGCGCCUCAUGCAUGUGCUCGCAUCGGAUGAAACGCUCUUCUUCGCUGCGGCGCAGAAUAAUCUUCCUCAAGUGCUUCCUAUGAUCUACACUCCGGCCGUCGGCGAUGCGUGCCUCAACUAUUCAGAUUUGGCUAUUCCAAACAGAGGCAUGUGGAUUGGGAUCGACCAGAAAGGAAAAGUCAGGGAUAUUCUCGACAACUGGCCGGCGGACAAUGUGGAUGCCAUAGUAGUCUCUGACUGUGAAAGGAUCCUUGGUCUUGGCGAUCUUGGUGCUAACGGAAUGGGUAUCCCCGUUGGCAAGCUUCUUCUCUAUUCUGCAUGCGGUGGCCUCGAUCCGGCUCGUUGUUUGCCGGUGGUAUUAGAUGUCGGCUGCAAUACUCCAGCAGUCAGGAAUAGCGAAAACUACAUCGGCCUGGACCACGACCGCAUUUCCGGACAGGAAUAUGAUGAUUUUGUUCAUGAGUUCAUCACAGCUGCCAUUGAAAAGUACGGGAAGAGCACUCUCAUUCAGUUCGAGGAUUUUGGAAAUUCCAAUGCGCUGCGGCUCCUGAACAAGUAUCGGGAUGAAGUUUGCUGCUUUAAUGACGAUAUCCAGGGCACUGCAAGCGUCGGACUAGCCGGUAUUUUGUCUGCCCUACGGAUUCCCGGCGUUGCUUCGGAGCUCAAGGAUCACAAAUUUGUUCUUCUUGGUGCUGGUAGCGCAGGUAUUGGUAUUGCGUCAUUGAUAACAUUAGCCCUCGUCCGUACCGGAAUGCCAGAGGUAGAAGCCAGGCAGAAAUGUUGGUUUGUUGAUUCACGUGGCUUGGUCUACAAGGGUCGGGCGAACGUGAGUGAGGCGAAAUCUCCGUUCGCUCAUGAAACAAGUUUAGACGUCCAAGCAGUCGCCAAAGAAGGCCUUUUGGAGAUUAUUAAAGUUCUCAAGCCGACUGGCAUCAUCGGGGUGUCCACAAUCCGAGGUGCGUUCUCUGAAGACAUUAUUCGCGAGAUGGGUUCUCUGAACGAACGUCCGUUAAUCUUCGCGCUGAGUAACCCAACCAGCAAAGCCGAAUGCACAGCUGAGGAAGCCUACAAGUUCACUCAGGGGCGAGCCGUUUUCGCAAGUGGUUCACCUUUUGCACCUGUCCAGCUCCCGGGCCAUCACACACAUCUCGUCCCAGGGCAAGGGAACAACAGCUACAUUUUCCCUGGGCUGGGUUUUGGUGUGGUCCUCUCUGGCGCCAAACAAGUGCCGGAAUCUAUGUUGCUAAUAGCGGCAGAUACAGUCUCAAAAAUGGUAGGGGAAGAACAAUUGCAGGUGUCCUGCGUAUACCCUGACUUGCAUUCACUGAUGGAUAUUUCGGCUAACAUUGCCUUCGCUGUCUGUCAGGAAGCGAAGGCCCUCAGCUUGAAUGAAAGGAAUGUUGACAGCCUUGAUGUGAAGACGAUAAGAGACAUGAUGUAUGAACCGGGUCGAGGUCAGAUUUGA